CGUCGGGCGGAGCGGCGGGCAACGCGCCAUGACUCGGCACGCUUCCCCAAAGUUGCAGUGUCACCGUGAGUUCGCCGCCCCGGCGGAUUCAGACGCGUCUCAUCUCGCACCCGGGGGUGUGUGCGUUUCCCUACCGCAGCCGGUGAUGGCCGACCAGGCGCCGCCGCGUCAGACCGACGCGCUGCUGUGCAAGCUGUCGCCGCCGGGCCUUCCCAACGGGAAAGAGGCCGCCGAGGACGAGCUGCUGGCCCGGGGGCAGUGGGCCAGCAAGGCCGAGUUCCUGCUGGCCGUGGCGGGCCAGAUCAUCGGCCUGGGCAACGUCUGGAGGUUCCCUUACCUCUGCUACAAGAACGGAGGAGGUGUGUUCUUCAUCCCCUACCUGCUGUUCCUGGUGCUGUGCGGCAUCCCGCUCUUCCUCCUGGAGACCUCGCUGGGGCAGUACACCAGCCUGGGGGGCGUCAGCGCCUGGAGGACCAUCUGCCCGCUGUUUGGAGGCCUGGGCUACGCCAGCCAGGUGAUGAUCCUGCACGGCUGCGUCUACUACAUCGUCAUCCUGGCGUGGGCGCUCUUCUACCUGUCCUACAGCUUCCAGGCCGAGCUGCCCUGGUCGCACUGCAACAACACCUGGAACACCGCGGCGUGCGUCCUGUUCGAGCACCACAACCAGACGGCCAACGCCAGCAGCCUGCCGGUCAACGCCACGUCCCCCGUCAUGGAGUUCUGGGAGCGGGAGGUGCUGCGUCUGUCCGCCUCGCUGGACGAGCUGGGCCCCGUCAACUGGAAGCUGGCGCUGUGCCUCGCCGCCGUCUGGCUCGUCUGCUACUUCUGCGUGUGGAAGGGGGUCAAAUCCACCGGCAAGGUGGUGUACCUGACGGCCACCUUCCCCUACGUCAUGCUGCUGGUGCUGCUGGUCCGCGGCGCCACGCUGCCCGGCGCCGCCCAGGGCAUCGUCUAUUACCUCAAGCCCAACCACACCCGGCUGGCGGACCCUCAGGUGUGGAUGGAUGCUGGCACCCAGAUCUUCUUCUCUUACGGGAUCUGCCUGGGAAGCCUCACAGCUCUGGGAAGUUACAACAAAUUCAACAACGACUGCUAUAAGGACUCCUUCAUGCUGUGCCUCCUGAACAGCAGCACCAGCUUCCUGGCCGGCUUCGCCAUCUUCUCCGUGCUGGGCUUCAUGGCGGAGGAGCAGGGCGUGGACAUCGCCUCCGUGGCCCAAUCAGGACCCGGCCUGGCGUUCAUCGCCUACCCCCGCGCCGUGUCCAUGAUGCCGCUGCCUCAGCUGUGGGCCGUCUGCUUCUUCCUCAUGAUCAUCAUGCUCGGCCUGGACACACAGUUCGUCAGCCUGGAGGCCCUCAUGACCUCGGUGACCGACCUCUACCCCCACCUGAUCCGCCGGGGCCACCGCCGCGAGCUGCUGCUGCUCUUCUUCUGCGUGGUCUGCUUCCUGGUGGGCCUGGUCAUGGUCACGCCGGGCGGGCUCUACGUGUUCCAGAUCUACGAUCACUUCUCCUGCAGCGGCGCCAGCCUGCUGCUGCUCUCCAUCUUCCAGUCGCUGGCCAUCGGCUGGGUGUACGGCGCCGACCGCUUCAGCGCCAACAUCAGGGACAUGACGGGCUACAGCCCGAUGGCCGCCUUCAAGGUCUGCUGGAAGUACCUGACGCCGGUGGUCUGCUCGGCGACCUUCAUCUUCUCGCUGGUGUGCUGGUCGCCGCUGCAGCUGGGCCGCGGCCUGGCGGCGCCGGGCUGGGCCACGGCGCUGGGCUGGCUGCUCACGCUGUCCUCCGUGUCGCUGCUGCCCGUCUGGGCCGUCUACGCCCUGCUCACCACGCCGGGGACGCUGGCGCAGCGGUUCCAGCAGCUGUGCAGCCCCGCCGCCUCCUCGCCGCUGACCUUCUACCACAUCUCCUCCAACGGCCUGGCGCCGCCCUACAGCUCCUCGCUGCCGCUGGCCGAGAAGAGCAAGGAGCAGCUGCCCGCCAUCGUCCAGGAGCACAAGACCUAAGAGAGGUGGACCCACGCUCCACGGGGGGGCGCCGCCGCUGCUGUCGUCCCAGUCCCCGUGGCUGGAUCCGGACCGGACGUGCCUUCGUACGCGGCCUUGUCUCAAAACCACCAGGAACCGCUCUGGUUCCAGGUCUCUUUCCAGGGUCCAGCCACAGGUUGAGACGCAGUCAGCUGAACUCGAAAAAAACAAAAACAGACGGCACACACUCCUGGAUCUUAUCGCUUAACUUCACAUCUUUGCCUUUCUUUUUUAUUUUUAUGUUAUUUAUUUCGUAAGUUUAGCAGCGUCACUCACGGCUCCUGUCCCGGCCGCCGCCGCCGCCGCCGCCGUCUGGUUAAACGGCUCCAUGAGUCGCCUUGUUCACGGCGAGCCGCUCUCGCUCCUCACUGCCAACGCAUCGCCUCGCCUCUUCGCCGGGACGCGGCGCCGGGCGGCGGGUCGGGUUUGUACAAAGGCGUCAGAAACACAUCUUUUCACUGUAUCGACUGUAAAAACGGGCAAACAUGCAAUCACCCGGACCGGCGGUUUUCAGAGUGUGGCGGCGAGGCGAGGUGAGGAACGCAGCUUUUCAGGCUGGGCUUAAAGACCCAGCAGAUGUUUCAAAUUAAAGAACUGUCUAUGCAGGGCGACAGCCACGAGCAAUAAUUACUGAAAAUGUGAGAAUUAUGAAGAACUCCAACGUGAAAACCAGUCAUCUAGACCCCACACACACACACACACACACACACACACACACACACACUGACUGCGCUUCGCUGAUUUCAUGUCACAUCGCGUCGUUCAUGAUGACCAUUACUUGAAAUUUGCGCCACUGACUGGUUCACUGCCGCCACAAAGAAAUGCUAGCAAGCUAAAGAGACUAGCUAGCUAAAGAGACUAGCGAGCUAAAGAGACUAGCUAGCUAAAGAGACUAGCUAGCUAAAGAGACUAGCGAGCGAACAAUCAUGCUGAAGCUGCGCCGUUCCCAGAGCGUUUCCUCGGUAAAACGAUGGUGCAAUACUGAUUUGGUUCCGUUUUUAAUCAGUGGAAAUGGAACUUUUAUGGCUCCGUGCACCACCUAGUGGACAAGUUAGGAAAUGACAGUUUGCAAAGUCGGCCGGGCCGAAGCCGUUUUUAGGACGAUGUGAAGCAGAAAGGCGCUCGCCGUCCUCCACUCUGAAAACCCCCGAUCAAUCAUAUGCAAACGAGGAGCAUCCUCACAGCCUCGCCACGUCACUGCUGCUCGGUAGAACUUCCUUUAUGAAGUGCAGAAGCUCCGUCUCGCCGCCGACGGCGCUCACUGCGAGGCGCGAUCAGCGGCGGAGAAUGUUCCUUCAGAGAAGCUGAAUGUAAAAGAAGAGAGAAAGGUUUGUCUCCCUGUUUACCACCGCACCAGACCGAACAGCUUUAAGCAGAUUUACUUUGUUUUGUUUUUUUAUUUUUUUAACCUUCUGGGCGCCUCCGGCGACCACGUGACCUGAACUCGCCGUACUGUAACAGAAUGUGCUCGCCCGCCGCCGCGCGGACCAGCCACACUUUGUGUUUUACAGAGAGUAGGAUGUUUGACGUGUUUGAAGACGUUUCUGUUCGGGGAGGAACUCGAAGGUCUAGUGACAGAAUCUCAUA